AUGGCCAAAGACAGACUCACAAAAUUAGGUGAAACUGUCUACUUCAAAUCAGAAAAGGCUAAUGGAGAAUUUCUGGCUUUGACAUAUGGCGCUUUAGUCGCGCAAAUUGUCAAAGACAAUAUUUCUGUGGACGGGGUCAAUCAAAAGCUGUUCAAAAUUGGGCAAAAUAUAGGCUCGAGAUUAAUCGACGAAUACUUAUCUAAGGCCGGUUCCUUCUCAUGCAAAUCAUUUAAAGAAAGUGUCGAAGCAAUUGCUAAGGUUGGGUUCAAGAUGUUUUUAGGUAUUAACGCAAAUUCUGAAGUUGUGGAUGAGGAGAAAAAUUUGUAUCACAUUACAUUUGAAGAUAAUCCACUGGAAAUGUUUAUUGAAAUGUCGGAUUCGCUCGGUGAUUUGGAGUAUUCGAACGUCAUUUGCGGCACAAUAGCAGGGGCAUUGGAACAGAUCCGAAUGCGAGUGGACUGUAAAUUUGUCAGAUACCCAAUCAAGAAAGAUCAAAAAUACACUAUUUCAAUACAAUUACAGGAGAUAAUCAGGGACGAUGCCUCUGACUAA